AAACCGCUGAGAAAAAUGUCACAUGACUGUCAGCCGAACACGUGGUAAAAAAAUCCGGUAGAAGUCAGACAAAUAGUGGUUGUAAACAGUGGAGUGUAGACGGAAUAUAUCGUUAGUUUACCUAAGUUGUCCUUCUGCAAAACUUCUGCAUUUGUUUUGAACAGCACGCUUGGAUCUGAUAAAAACCCUUUCCUUCCGACAAGAUGUCUGCUUCAGCUCCCUCCUCCUCUUCCCCCACCUCUGUUCUACUGAACACAGGGGUAGAAAUGCCUCUUCUAGGUCUGGGGACGUACAAGCUGUGUGGUACUGACCAUGUGUACCAGGCUGUGGAUGCUGCCCUGGCAGCUGGUUACCGUGCCUUCGACAGCGCAGCUGUUUACAGGAACGAGGCUGACUUGGGUCGAGCCCUGAGGGAACUUCUGCCCAAAUAUGGCUUAACUCGAAAGGAUGUUUUUAUUACCAGUAAGCUGGGUCCUAAGGAUCAGGGUGAGGGAGCCAUGGAGGCAGCUCUCCACAGCCUGUCACAGCUGGACUUGGAUUACAUUGACCUCUACCUUAUCCACUGGCCGGGCACACAGGGCCUGGUCGUGACUGAUCAACGUAAUCCAGGGAAUCGAGCGCAGAGUUGGGCCACACUGGAGGAGCUUCACAGUCAGGGGAAGCUGAAGGCUAUUGGAGUGUCUAACUAUACACCAGCACACAUGAGGGAGCUGAUGCAGAACUGCCGAAUCCCCCCAGCACUGCUACAGGUCGAGUUUCACCCACAGCUGUGUCAGACUGAGCUGAGGAGAGUGUGUAAGGAGUAUGAGGUGUGUUUCCAAGCCUACUCGUCUUUAGGGAGAGGAGAGCUGGUCACUGAUCCCAUAGUGAUGGAAAUGGCAAAGAAGUGUGGACGCACACCUGCGCAGGUUCUGUUACGCUGGGCUGUGCAGCAGGGUGUCCCAGUGCUCCCAAAGUCGUCAAAUCCAGACAGAAUAAAGGAAAAUGCUGAGGUUUUUGACUUCACAUUGAGUGACCCAGACAUGGAAACUCUGUCAGCCUUAGACUGUGGCCAUCGCUGCUGCUGGGAUCCUUCAGACGCAGCUUAAACAGAUCACCCUUUCCCUUUGGUGCCUCUUCACAGCAGCUCUUUUCUUUGCAAUUCUGACCCAGUAAAGCAGGAGUGAUAGGUAUUAAACGUAUGCAUUUUUUCCAUGUUA